CUCAGUAAAGUGCAGCUAAGUGUGACGGCGACUGUGAAAACUAAUUCUUUCCGCGAUGCAUUCAAGUUUCAUAUGGCUUUUUGUUCUCAUGGCAGUUGGAGCUGGUCUGGCCCUGCCCGCUGGUGAGGAUGCUCAGGCGGAAACCAUCAAAUUGGAGAGCGAGAACACUGGCGAUAAAUAUUCCUUUUCCUAUGAAACGAGUAAUGGAAUCUCGCGCACGGAGACGGGAGAGGUGAAACCAGGUGCCGGUGAAGAUGAUGGAUCCCUUUCUGUCCAGGGCUCGACCAGCUGGUCAGCUCCAGAUGGCAAAAAGUACGAGAUUAGCUUCACGGCCGACGAGACUGGCUACCAUCCCAAGUUCAGGCUGGUGGCCUAGUAGAUAUCUGGAAUUUACAUUUAGCUAAAUAUUCCCAAUAAUAAAGUUCAUUUUAUUUACCCAA